CAUGGAAACUAGUCAGGAUCAAGUCAGCAUGAGGACCAGCUGCAGGUCUAAAGAGGAACUGGAAUCAUUUAAAGAGGAAACUGGUCAGAAAGGAACAGUUCUGAGCUCUCUGCUGUUCAGCUCAACAAACCAAGCUCGUCUGACUGUGAGUCCCAGCUUCUCUCAGUUCUUUAGAGGAGACAUUGUGUCUCUGAGCUGUGAGGAGGACGACAGCUCUGCUGGAUGGACUCUGAGGAGAAACACCACCACGGGACAGAGGACUCAGUGUGGAGCUGGGUGGGGAGAACCAGCUGGUUCUUCAUGUGACAUCAGCCCAGUGGUUCCCAAACUGGGGGGCGCGCCCCCUAGGGGGGGCGCUGAGGCAUUGCGGGGGGGGCGCGAAUGGAAUGAAUGAAUCAAUCAAUAAAUGACACUAGCUAGCAUAACAUGGACAAGUUUUUGGCGGGGCUCCCACGUAAACGCAAAGCAGAGGAUGAAGCAUCGCCUAAUGUGCUUCCAAAGCAACUGCCUUCCAAGGCAAAGAAGAGAAAAUAUGACGACACAUAUCUUGUCUUUGGCUUCACCUGUACAACGGUGGGUAAUGAGGAGAGACCGCAGUGUGUUGUCUGUCUUAAAGUGCUAGCUUGUGACAGCUUGAAGCCGAACAAGCUAAGACGCCACUUGGAGACAAAACAUCCAGAGCACAAAGACAAGCCAGUUGAGUUUUUCAGACAAAAGCUCGUAAACUGCCGCGCUCAACAGUCUCUCUUUACUAAAGCUGCAUCCAUGCCGGCAAGUGCUCAACUCGCCUCAUAUAAAGUUGCCUACCGAGUGGCGCAGUGUAAAAAGCCGCACACAAUAGCGGAGGAAUUAAUACUUCCCUGUGCUCUGGACAUGGUUUCAACUAUGCUUGAUGACACUGCAGCCAGAAAACUAAGGGCAAUUCCUCUGUCCAACAACACCAUCGGCAGGCGCAUUUAUGACAUGUCAAAGGACAUAGAGGAGCAGCUUCAUGAAAAGGUGCGUGACAGCAGCUUUUCUCUGCAGAUGGAUGAAGCCACUGACAGUAACAAAGACUGUUUAUUGAUUACUUACGUCAGAUUCAUAGAUGGAGAUGACAUGAGGGAGGAACUGCUUUUCUGCAAACAAGUUACUGGCAGAGCCACAGCAGAAGAACUGUUUAAAAUCAUUGACUCUUACCUGAAAGAGGCCAGUCUGAAAUGGGAGGACUGUGUGGGGAUCUGCACAGACGGGGCGCAGACUAUGGCUGGGGAACGCGGAGGGCUGCAAGCGCUGAUCAAGCGCGUUUCCCCCAAUGCGCAGUGGACACACUGCAUGAUACACCGCGAAGCACUGGCGUCUAAACAGCUGAGUCCAGAGCUGAAUGAUGUGAUGACCGACGUCAUUGCCACCGUCAACUACAUCAAAACACGACCUGUCAAAGCCCGGAUUUUUUCGGCACUGUGCGAGGAAAUGGGCUCGGACCACACAGCUGUUCUGUUGCACAGCGAGUCCCGUUGGCUGUCACGUGGGAAGGUGCUGUCCAGGGUAUUUGAACUGCAAGAUGAAAUCCGCAUCUUUUUGGAGGAAGAGGGCAAUGAUCUUGUCCACAAAUUUUACUGUAACCAUUUCCUCAUGAAACUUGCAUACCUCAGUGACAUGUUUCUGAAACUCAACAAAGUGAAUUUGCAAAUGCAGGGCACAAAUACACACCUCCCCCAUCUGGUAGAUACAAUCACAUCAUUCAUCAGAAAACUUGAGACGUGGCUGCAGCGAGUGAAAGAUGGAAAUGUGGACUCAUUUGAGAAUCUGAAAGCAUUCAUUGAAGUCAACAAACUGCAGAACACAGUGAUCCCAUGCAUGAAAGCACACAUCUCCGCUCUUCAGAAACAUUUCCAGAAAUACUUCCUGAUGCAGGAUCCCAAAGAAUAUGACUGGAUCCGUGACCCCUUCAGUGCAACACCACCUGCCGACUUCAGCACAUCAGAGGAGGAACAGUUCAUUGAUGUCACCUCUGAUUCAACAAUGAGGCUGCAGUUUCAGUCAAAGACACUGGCUGCAUUUUGGAUUGGAGUGGAUAAAGAUUACCCACUGCUAGGCAAGAGAGCCCUGGCCAUUCUUCUUCCUUUUGCCACAUCCUACCUUUGUGAGAUAGGUUUCUCUGCUGUGGCCUCAAUCAAGACUAAAUACAGAUCAAAGCUGGACAUUGAAAAUGAACUCAGAGUGGCAAUCUCAAAACUGCAACCCAGGUUUGAGAAGAUCUGCAGCAUGAAGCAGGCCCACACCAGUCACUGAAAAGAUGUGGUGAGGAUUAAAGGUGUCAUUUUUGCACAGCAAACCAUUAGAUUUUAGUUUUUUGUUCUUCUCGGGGAGUUGGUCACGUUUUAAAACCCAUUUUUGCAGAGACAAAAACAAAAAACAGAAUGUUGAAUAUGUUGAAUAUGAACAAAAAGAAACCUGUUACACUGAACUUAAUUACAUAAAAUAAUUAUAUAGUUUAUUGCAACCUGUAGUUUAUGGCAGUUUACUUUUAUUUGUUCAAAAAAGGUUGAGGCUUGUAUACAAUGUUUGAAAUAAACUGAAAUGGAGCCUGAAAACUAAAUAUGUGUAUGUGUGUCCUGUUUUUUUUUGUGUGUAUGUGUUUUAUUUUUUUUUUGUGUGUGAGGAGGGGGGGGGGGGUGCAAUUUUCUGAUGUACCAAAGGGGGGCUCAGCAGUGAAAGUUUGGGAACCACUGAGCCACAAUGUUACAUCAUCAGUCAUGGAGAGUCUCCAUCCAGCUGGAUCACUGUCACAGGUGAGGAGGUCAGAGAUGAUUCUUCAGCAGCUUUCAACAUUCACAAUGAGACAAUCAGUUCAUUAUUAACUUUGAUUCAUUCUAGAGAAACCCACCACCACCACACCUCCUCCUACAACAACACCUCCUCCUACAUCAACACCUCCUCCUACGUCCACAUCUACUCCUACGUCCAAACCUCCUCCUGGUUCCUCUCCUCCUCCUGGUUCCUCUCUUCUCCUCCCUGUGUUCUUGCUCCUUGUAAAGUCGUUUCUUAUUUCUGUCUUUCCUCUGGUGUUUCUGAUUUUCCUGGUGAGACGAUGUGUUCGUGGGAAACAUGAAGACUGUGAUCCAGCUACAGUCUACUCAGCAGUGAGAACAACACAAGACGUCACUGAUGGACAAAUAUUCAUCAGAGACAAGAAACACAAGUCAAAGGCCAGAGCAGUUCCGCCAGAGCCAGAGGUCGUCUUCUCUUCAGUGAAGUAGUCCACCCGUCCACCCACUGAUGUCCAGCUGCUGGACUCUGACUGGUCCCCUCAGCCUCUCAGACCACAGAAGGCCUGUUGAAAAAGAGUUUUAUGUGUUUCAGGUCUUUCUAUAAUUUGUCUCUUAAUCGUAGUGUGACAGUCAUAUGACUCUGGUCCUACUGAUAUUCAGCUUCAAAGGAACAUAAUUGUCAUCAAGUGAGGCAGAUACACUAUACAGCCAAAAGUACUCUCUCUCCAUCCUAAUCAGUGAAUCCAGGGGUUCCAGUCAAAUGCAUGUCCACAGGUGUGGACAUGGAAGCCUCUAAGCUGCAGACUGCUUCCCUGAGAACGACAGCAACUCAGUCAGGAAGUGUCAGGCCACAUAAAAUGACUUUGCUUUUGACAAACAUAAAUUAAACAUAAACAUUCAAUUUAAAUUUGUACAAAAAAACAGCAACACAACUUUCAAAUGUGCUGUUCUCAAGCUCUGUAGAAGCUGAACAUAGCAUAGCACAAAAGGUAGAACUGCAACUACAGUCUCAUUUCAAGUCAGACGUUUGCUCUUGAGGGACUGGACUUUGUUUAACAGCUUUGAAUCAUCCAGCUCCAAGAAAAGUCUUUAGAAUAUCUCAAAGGUGAACUCGUGGCUGUCUGGGAUAACCGAGAUCCAGCGUGUAGGUCAAGCCAAGGAGGACAGAGCAAACCCUUGCAAUAUCUCCCAGUCCUGUGAUGAUUUCCACGCCCUCUAUGACAUUUCCUAUGUCCUUUGGGCUGUUGCUUGUAGAAGCUCCAGGCUUUGGGGUCACAGUAACUGCUAUUAUGAACUGUUCAAGUUCCCCCAAGUUCUCAGUGUCCUGUAACAAAACUGUAAGUGUCGUAGUAUAAAACUGUCAGAGCUGUAUUCCAAGCAUAUCACAAUACCAGACAAACCAUUCAUAAUCGUUUUCAUAGCUUUCAAAUUGUUGAAAAAGUGUCAAUAUUGUACAGUACUGUGUGGGUGUGUCUGCUGGAGGCACCCAAUAAAAAUAAAAACUUAAAAUAAGCCUUAAGGACGAGCAAUUUUUACAGACAUUUUAAAAAUAAAGUAUAAAUAGAGAUUUAAAGGGGGGCUGUGGGGCGGUGUGGAGGUAGGCCGUCUACAGAAAUCUGGCUUUAGUUUCAGUAAAAGGAACUCUGAAUGCUUCUGCACACCAAGAGAUUCUGGACAAUGCCAUGCUCCCACCUUUGUGGGGCCAGUUUUGGAAUGUCCCCCCUUCCAGGGUACAAAGCCUGGAUGAGGAAGAAGUGGACUGGCCUGCACAGAGUCCUGACCUCAAACCCAUAGAGCACCUUUGGGAUGAAUUGGAUGAAUACUUGGAGCUGUUAGAGCUGCAGAGGCUGGAGUCGUCAUAUUAAACCCUAGGGAUUAAGAAUGGGAUGAUUGAAGUUUGUAAGCCUGUAAAGGCAGGUGAGAGAAUACUUUUGACAGUAUGGUGUAGAUAAGACCUCUCACUGUCAGUGAGCCUGUGUUUGAAUCUCCUACUAAUGUUAAUCAUUCACUCAUUUAUUUUGAAAGGUUGCUAAACCUAUAAAAUGGAAUUGAGAUCAUUCCUAAUAAUUCUGGUGAUGCUGAGUAUUACAGCUGAGUGCUAUGUGUAAAGUAAAUCAGGCAUUGACUGCAGCUCCUUCAGUCUGUUACUGGGUAUUUGAGGAGUGAAAGAUUUGAUCUGAUCUCCAAUCAGCUCUUUCUGAGCAAACAUCAGUACCACAUGUAUUUAUUUGAAUGGUUUCCUUCAUAGAGAUCAUUAGAACUCAGAGCCACCACAGGGACGGUUUCAUUUGACUAAUAUUUGUUAUAAAUUAAAUUCCAAAGAUGGGGAAGGUGUGCUGACUAAAGGUUUCUUUCCAGUCAUUCUGUGUGUUUUUAAGGUCAUUCUGAGUGUUUUCUGGUAAUUCUGAGUGUUUUUUUAGGUCAUUCUGAGUGUUUUUUCUUGUUUUUCUCAUUCUACUUGUUUUUUUUCUGUGCCUUGAACCAGUCAAAUGGUUUUUGGUCGUUUGGGCAAAUGGUCGUUUUUGUCUUCUGUGCUGUUUUUGUUUUGUUUUCUCUGGACUUUUGUUCUUGGCUGUGUCGUUGGUUGUGGAGUUCGGUGGAGCGGCCGUUGUGUCUCUUGGUGUGUUCCUGCGAUCAGCUGCCGGCGCUGUCUGUGUCCCCGGAGCUUGGCCUGAGAGUCCUGCUGAACUUCAGGAUGCGCUUGAUGGGACCCAGAGGGAGUGUGUCAUGUAGAGAGCCUUGGGGACCUGGUUCAUAGGACCGCAGUACGUCUGUGCCCGGCUUCAGACUCUACGGGUGGACUCACUCCGUUGGCAUGGAAACACCAUGCCAUGAUAUGACCCAUGCUGCUGUUGCUAUGCAACUGACCAAACAACUUCAGACACUGAUUAGCCAACUAUUUUUGUAAAUUUUUUCAUAAUUUCUCAAUAUGUAAAUUUUUUAAUUACACUUUUUAUUUUCCUUU